AUGGCGAUUCACUACCAUGAUGGCAAAAUUGUCACAGGUUCUGAUGACCACACAGUCAAAGUAUGGGACUGUCAUACAGAGGAAUGUGGCUUCACACUUCAUACCCAGACUGUGAGUGAUGUCAGACUAGAGAACAAUUUCAUCUACACCUCUUCGUUUGACGGGUCAGCAGAAAGUUGGCAAAUCCCUCAGGGUUUUCACAAACGCUACAUUGGUCAUGUGUCUGCCGUUUUCAGCAUUGACAUCUGCCUGGAACUGUCAAUUCUUGUCAGUGGCUCUGCAGAUUUAACAAUGAAAGUUUGGGAUAUAUCUUCAGCACAGUUGCUGGCAACAUUGGCCGGUCACCACAAAGGUUGGGUGGUCAAAGUGAAAGUACUCUCACAUGGCCCAAACCAUCCUUACACAUUGGUCAGUGCAGAUAAAAAAAUCUGUUGCAUAUGGGAAAUGUCAUUUGACCAUCAAGUCAGUCAAGUCCAGCUUGUCCAUCACCCAGACCAUCAGAUUGUCCCUCAUUUACUUUUUAAAGGCACUCAUCUCAUGAGGAUCUGUUUCAUGUCUGAUGAUGGUAAACAUGGAUUUAUCAAUACAUACCGUCUCGACCACAACCUGACACUCAUUAAGCAUCAUAAACUUCCACACAGUGUGCUUUGCGUUCAACUUUUGUUGGGUGUUGGCAGUAAAUUUGCUUUGGUUUUGAAUAAGAUGUAUGGAGAAGAAUAUUUGUCAGUAUUUAAAUUGCACAACAACAAGUUGAUUAUGAGAAAGCCUUUUCCUGCAAUAAGGCCUACUUCUGGUGGCACGUCUGUGACUGUAGGUCCUACAGAUUGGCUUGAUGGAUUUACCAGUGAUCCACCAACAGGGGUUGUCCUUGGAGCCUGUCUCAAAAACCACAACAUUUACCUUCUGAAAUGGAACUGUGAAAUUCCAGAAGAUGCUGAAGAACAGUUUUUAAAGAUUCCCGUUCGUGUAAACAUUCCGUUCAAUUGA